GUCGUUUCGAGACUGCCGAGUUGACCGGGCGUCUGGUCGAGAGCCGCGGGUAGUUGUUACGUAUUGUGCAUCUCUCACCCUCUUCUCGGGCCACCACUUUGCCGCUGGUAUCCCUCGCGAACGCAUCCGUCCGUCCGUGCUCUUGUUCUUUCGUGUCGAGCCAGCCAUCCCGUUGCGUUUCCGGCGCUUCCGGCAGCGAAGACAAUGACGGGUAUCAUGAUCGCGACCACGAUCGCACUGCUGGCAGUGAUCCAAGCUGCCACGUGCAACGUGACGGUCUCGCCGGAUCCGAGGAACUUCUUCCCCGGCGUCAAAGACAAUCUCACGAGGAUCGUCUGGGCGCACGCCGUCAACAGCCUGGCGGAAUUGGAGAAGGCACUCUCGUCAGCGGACAUCAUGAUGCUGGAAGCUGACGUAACGUUGGGCAAGCUCAACAAUGCAACCGGCAGCAAUUCGACCGAUAUUCCGAUAAUGGCACACCCACCGAACACGGAGAGUGAUCUGUCGCUGGAAAACUUCCUCAACAUCAACAUCGAGAAUAACGGCACGAAGGGCAUCAAGCUGGAUUUCAAGUCGAUCGAAGCGUUCGAGAAGAGCAAGGAGGUUCUUAAGAACCUGAGACACGGCUUGAAGUUCCCGAUCUUCCUCAACGCGGACAUCAUUUCCGGACCGGUGAAUGCCACUGCCACGCCGCUCGAUGCAAAAGCCUUCCUGCAAGGCGCCACGAAGAUCAUGCCGGAGUGCACCCUCUCCGUCGGUUGGACAACCAGGUAUGGCAAGGAGUCCAACAUCACCGAGGGUCGAUACAGCAUCGAGCACAUCAACAAGAUGAUCGACGUCCUAAAGGGAAACCAUAUCUCCCAGCCGGUAACUUAUCCCGUACGAGCGGGCCUCGCGGCGAACGAUAUCGAUGUCAUAAAGAUCUUGCUGAAGAACACCACGUUCACCAACGCGACGCUGACCAUCUGGUCGUCGGAGGGCGAUUCCGUCGACGCCGCGCAGCUUUCGAAACUCAUCAAGAGCGUGGGGGUGGACAAGGUCUAUGUGGACGUUCCCCAGGAUCUGAAGAGCAGACUCGACCUAUCGGCCGCGUCCACGUUCAGCUCGGCGUCGUUGAUGAGCCUGGGCAUGUCGCUCGCGCUCCUGCUUCUCUCGAGGAUGCUGUGAAAUCUGAACGCGGAUAUCGGACGCGAAUGCGGAGGAUCGAGACUUCUGAUCCUUGGCGCGAGUCCCUCUCGAUAAAGAAAGCACGGACGAGCGAACGACGAAACCCGAUAACGAUCGAGUUCGUCGGUUACGUCUCUCGAGACAUACCUCUUAUAAGAAACAUCCAGAUUACGUCGCGGCGAACGGUUUUCCCCUGACAAGAUCAAUCUUCCGCGCGGGAUUCCUCUUAUCGAAAAAAAAAAACGCUCGUCUCUUUGUUCACCUUGUACUUAAAUGGAUUUAUUCGGCCGACAAAAGAAAACGUUAUUUCGCGAACGAUACUUGCAAGAAUUUCUGUUUAGUACAUUCAGCACAAUAAGCUUUCGUAUAUUGUGAAAGAUACAUCCGCAUAUAUAGUAAGUAUAUACAAUAUACAUACAGAUAGAUAGAUAGAUAACGUUCCGAGUCGACCAAUUGUGUAUCGGGCAAUAACUCGAAUACCGUUAAACAAAGAAACUAACGUGUGUGUGCUACCUAUCGUUGUACUCGAUGGCAAGAAAUUUCUUAAAUACCGUAUUAUGCUGUACUCUUAGAUUGAACCAUCAAUCGCGCGUUCGGUGUAAUCAGACGACUUGAAGUGGCAUCGGCGUAUUAAUUCCUCUCGUCCUUCUUACUCAAGUACAGCGAUACGAAGUCAAUGCGUUUCAUGUGACUUCCAUUCAAGUGCCGCGCACAUCAUGCAGCCGCCAUGCAGCCGCCAUGCAGCCGCCAUGCAACCGCGUGCAUUCAUCGUGUUUAAUGCCCCUCCGUAAUGUUCACUGUGUACCCUGUACCUGCGUUUAACAUAUCUCCGCUCUAGGUGCAGCGAGGCAAAUGGCAUUAGUCUCUAUGUAAACUAUGUAUAUCUGAGCCAAAGGAUUAAAAAUGCAGUAUACGGUGUGUGAGUGCACUACUGCGUUUGAUAACGAGUCAAUAAAGUAAAAUACGCAAAGCUGCCGGAGGGAA